CGCACAGUUUCCGGCGACGCUCUGUUGCGGUCCUCCAAGAAAAUGGCUUCCGGGCUCGUCGUUGACAACUCCUCCGCUAAAGAUGUCAUUGCGGAGGGCAUGCUCGAUCUUUUGAAACCAGCCGUCCAACAAUUGGACCUGCACGUUCACUCUGUCAGAGAGAGCCAAGUUGAACUUAGGGAGCACAUAGACAACCUUGCCUCAGAAUUAUGCAGGAUAAACGAACAUCAAAAGGUGGCUCUUGAUCUGGACCCAUAUGUAAAGAAACUUCUUAAUGCUAGACGAAGAGUCGUGCUCGUAAACAACAUCCUGCAGAAUGCUCAGGAGCGUCUAAGAAGACUGAACCAUAAUGUAGCCAAAGAGACAGCGCGAAGAAAGACCAUGUUGGAGGCCUCAGGAGUGUUGGCCUCUCGCCCUCCCAGUAAACCCUGACAUUCCAUGAUCUCUGCACAA